GUUUCUGUGGUACUGAGUCAAGAGCAACUCUAGCUGAUUUGAGAACAGGGUAUUUAUAUCCGCACCGAGCAUGCGCAUGAUUGACUUCCGGCUGCUUCCGGUAACGUUAGUGUGUUACUAUGCAACGAGACGCUCUGAUGUGUAGUAUUAACUUUCUACCGGAGCAUUGCAUUAAGAAGUAAAUCAGUCAAAGCUGCUUAUCUUUAUUCAUGCUUGGUGUGCGUUUUUUAAUAGUCAACCGAUGCAAAUGAUACACUAAAGCUAAAGACUUCUAUCUUUUGAGGCCGAGUGUUAGAUAUGGCCGACGGCUGGUGCACUGACACCGGAGAAUCGUUUUACCGUUCCCGGGAUGCAGUUAAAAACUUACGAAUACGAGUGCACAUACAGCGUGUGACCUCCACAGCUGCUCUGUCUCAACAUCUCCAUCAGCAAGUGCUUUCUCAGCAGGAGAGAGGAGUUAUAGAGCUGGACACCUUCAGCUCUCAGACACAAGCAGCUUCCACCACUGAUGCGGAGGAACUGGUGGUUGGUUGGCAAGAGAAGGUCUUUAGUCAGUAUGAAGUGGAUCUUUACCAAACAGAGUCAAAUUGUCAAACACCACUGGAGCGUCAGUAUCACACAGAAAUCAUGGCAAUGGAAAGAUCCAAAAGAAGACAAAACCAGCGCAUUUUCACCUACACAGACUUUGAUCGCUUCUCUAAAUGGGAAGAGCAAGCUCAGAGUCUGCUGAUCCCAGCUCAGCCUACACCAACCUUUUUAGCAGAACGCAUGGCCAAUGUUAGGCACAGGAGACAAGAGAGACGUCCUGUAGAGUCUAAUGUUCCCAAGUCCCAUUUAAUCACAUGGGAGCCUUCGGAGGAGUUCAUAAAGAACAGUCACAUCAUCAACACACCAGUGCAGACCAUGUACAUCAUGGGAGAUCUUGGGCCUUCAGGGAAGUUGGGCUUGAAAGAGAAUGAAUAUGUAUUAUGCACCAUAAAAGCUGACAGUAAUGGAGUAAUCACAAUAAAACCAGACUUUAACAACAAUAGAGGAGCCUACAGGCUGGAAACGCAGGGAGAGAAGAGGGAGGUGUGGAGGCUGUACCUGGAGAACGCCUCAUCACACAUUCAUGCGGAGGAGAAAGAGAGAGAGCAGCGCAUGUACAGAGAUCUGUACACACGUCACAAAGACUACCUCAACAGCCUGGUUGGCCAAGACUUUGAAAUGCCACCUCUAGGGAUACUUCGCCUGAUUGUAAAUGGAGAGAUUGUUUCUGCUCGGGGUUAUGAGUAUGACGAUCUUUAUGUCCAUUUCUUCCUGGAUUUACCAAAUAAUUGGUCCAGUGUUCCCUUUCACUGUCUGUCCGGUGUGACUCAGACGUGUCGCACACACAGUGUGGGAAAGGAGGAUGUUGCCUUCUUUUCCUAUCCAUUCAGCUUUGAGACCUUCUUCCAUAAGGAAGAUGAGUCUGAUGGGUCAUUACCCCAGUGGCCAGUGCUGUAUUUCAAAGUUCUCUCGUUGGAUUUCUGGCAGCGCUACAGAACUGAAGGCUAUGGCUUCCUGGUCAUUCCCUCAACGCCGGGGUAUCACAAGAUGACUUGCCACACAUGGAGACCCCUCCAGUCCGGCACGGUGGCUGAACUGAGACGCUUCUUCAUCGGCGGAGCACCUGAACUCGAGGACAUCAGUUAUGUCAGAGUGCCUGGCACUUUCAAGGGAGAGCGGUUGAGUCGUUUUGGCUUUCGCACUCAAACCACUGGAAGUGUGACCUUUACUCUUAAUUGUAUCCAGCAUGCCAGGGCUUUUAUUGAUGCCAACACCCUGAAGAAAAGAAGGCAGACUGUUCUGGAUCAGCUGGGCGGACACAGUCAGCAGGGCUCUGUCUAUAAUGUUCUGGUGUCAGAACUGGGCGAUUCAGUCCUGGCGCCUAUAACACCUGCUUCUGUCAGAAUGCAUCCUGCCAUGAUCUCACGUCACUGGAGACACAAGAGAGCACCUGGUGGGCUGGUGGAAAGGAAGCGAACUCGGAGGCUUGUUGGAAACAGAAUCACGGCAAGGCAAUAUGACAAUAUUGACAGUUUUGCCAAUGAGGCCAGCCUGGGAGAUGGGGGCAUCAAGAAAAUUAACUUUGUCGGCAUCCCACAUCUCAGCCAGGUUCACCCAGAGAUGGCGUUCCUGGACUACCAUUGUAGACAUCACCUGACCAAGGGCCCACGCAAUGACCUUUGUUGCUCUGAGAGCAAAGUCAUCGCUGUACGUAGUUCCUGCAUCACCCCCAAGUCACCAAGUCAACUGCACCCCUUGCACAGUUUUUUAGUGCCUUGGCCUGAUGUACCUGCAGGAUGA